AUGAGGGCAAAAAGCGACCCAUGGUUUGCGGAAUACCUCGUGCGCAUUGGAAAGGAUGCAGACCUCGAUAAACUUAUAGAUAGCGUGUUUCCAAUGCUCAACGCUAACCUAGCUGACCCAAACUACAUCACGUCAAGAGCCAUCCUGUCCAAACGAAAUGAGUGCAUGGAUACAAUUAACAUGAAGAUGAUUGGUCAUUUUCGGGGGGAUGAGAUGGUGUACCAUAGCUUUGAUCGUGCUGAAGAUGACCGCCACAACUACUACCCCCCAGAAUUCCUUAACUCUUUGACUCCAAACAGGCUGCCUUCACAUGUGCUGAAGCUCAAGGUUAACGGUCAUGUCAUACUGCUUAGAAACAUUGACCCCGCCAAUGGACUUUGUAAUGGUACAAGGCUUGUGGUCCGAGUGUUCCAAAGAAAUGCUAUUGAUGCAGAGAUCAUGCGGAAGCAGUUUCCUAUCAGGCUUAGCUUUGCCAUGAAAAUCAACAAGGCACAGGGAAAAACCAUCCCAAAUGUUGGAGUGUACCUUCCCCAGCCAGUGUUCUCUCAUGGCCAGCUAUACAUCAUAUUAUCUAGAGCCACUGCCAGAAGGAACAUCAAGAUCCUCGUCACCCCAGAUGAUUGUAAGAAAAAGGAGAAGCGCUCAAAGAUGAGUGGGACAUGCACUAAUAACAUCAUCUACAAAGAGGUCCUCACACCUUAG